UGGGAACAGAAAGCUUUCCUUGCGCUCGGCACUCACGUGGAGCCGUAACAUGUCUGAGCUUAGUUCUCCGAUCGUUCAGUCGCAGAGAUCAAGAAUCCCACGAAGGGGACCUUCGCUCGAGGAUGUCAGCCACUUUUUGAAGCUGUCCGAAACAGGCAUCACUCCAGAAGCUUGCCCCAUGCGGCGAAACGUCAAAGCUCAAGAAAACAGCCGGAACCACGAAGGCGACGGCCAGCUCGCAAAAGUCCACCCUCUCGAGCUACCCUCAGCUGUCUUGUUUUCCCUACAACACCAUCCUGUCCCGAAGAUGGCAUCAAGAACAGCCCUCACGCGAGCCAUUGCGCCGCGCACGCCGACAUCCUUCGUCCCCCGGCGCACCUUUGCGCACACCACCCGGCUUCUCGAGACCGCGGGCACCGUACUGCCGCCCAAGAAACCCGUGGGCGCUUUCAGAGGAGGGCUCUUCGGCUUCCUCUUGGGCGCGACCGGUGCUGGCGCAGCCAUGUACACCUACGUUGUCCAGGAGUACAAGGUCAGCAACGAGAUGCUAACCGAAGAUAUCUACAAUCUACAGGCCACCGUGCAGCGGAUAGAAAGCUAUGUUCGCGUGAUGGAAGACAAGGUUGAGAACUCGCUGAAGAAAAAAUAAAGGUUGGAUCAGGUGGUCAACUCCUCCCCGCUUGGCAAUGGUGGAAUUAUUUGAAUAGCAACAAGCUUCGAGGUAUUUAUAUGCAAGAAACAUAGGGCUUCGAUGAAUAAAAGAGGUCUCAACAUGUAUCAUAUUGCGAUUAGUCGAGCUCGCUACGCAGACUUGCAAAGAACCUACGUCCCAGCAUGUCAAAAUAUACGAUACCCACCGUCUUGACCCUAAUCCCUUUGGACAAGGCCUUCUCUCAAUGGGAAUACUCUGCUCUAACCGCCACGGGUAUCUUCGA